AUGAUAGCCUCCCUAGGCUUCCGCAAAGAACUCCCCAAGCGCCCCGUCAACCAGGAUACAAUUCGCUCGGCUCUCCUUGCUUUUCAGUCUAUCCUUGAGCACCGCAUCAGCCCUUCUACACGAAACAUCAUAAAGAAGUCCUCGGGUCAUGCCCGCCGAUGGCUGAAGGAUUCCGGUGAUACCCCGCCAGGGGACAUCCUGUCGAAGUUCAUAACACAGAUGAUUGACACCUACUUCACUCUCUGCCAUCCGGAAAUACACAUGAUUGAGAAGAUAUCGCGCAUUGCACGGAAAGCCGCACAACUUGCGGACGACUAUCCCGACUUCUCCCCGCUUUAUUCUAUGUUGUUUGAAUACACGGAUGUGAUGGUGCCUAUCUCCAAAGUCCUGAAGUGCAAGAAAUGCUUUGGCCCAAAUGCAUACAACAUUUCCCUACCAGUAGUCGACAACGACGCAUUUUGGAUCAAAGUCAAGCAGUGUCUCUUGCUCAAUGAAAAAAACCGGAAUCAGCUUCCCUUGAACUACAUCCCAAUGGACCGUCAUAGGCUACACGACAGGGCAUCUCAUAUGCCACCCGGUGAAAGUUCGCGUAUCAAGUCAUGGCUUGCCCGAGUAUGCAGCAUUGUAGGCUGGGACGUUAAGGAUAUAGAGUGGCAGAUAAUCAACUACGCUGAUUUUCAUGAGUCUCCUUGCGGUCCCAGAAUGUUCUUCCGCACUGGCAGAUGGUGCCAUCUUGCAAAGCACACCCUGCAAAUACGUGAGCAGAUUGACGAUCUUAAACAUACCUCUGGACGUGAUUCGGACUUUUCAUCGGAGGUUGGGCCUUACGCGAGUAGGGUUGUUGACUUGGUAGAGAAGAAGUGGUUCCGCGCUCUGAGUGUUACGGGGAGCUACGAGUUUAGCGAUGUUGCAUUGUCGUCCAUAGAGAGGACUAGACAGGGAGAGUAUAACUACACCCCAUCUGUCUGUAGGGAUUUUCGACAAAAGCAGUUGUUUGAUCCUGCCGAAUUGAUUGUUACCGAGCCUCUCAUGGUCUCCCGUCCCUUCAGAUAUGGGCGCCAGCAACGAGGCUCUCGAAGAGCUAGAAAGAGACGAGCCAGAUGA